AUGGUCAUUAUUUAUUUGAGCAUAUAACAUUAAAGUAAUAAUCUGAACAUUUAUGAGGAAGCACGUGACAAUAAAAAUGAGGACAGAUUUUUUUUCGUGUCAUGAUAAAAAUGAUUCAAUUUCAAUUUGUUGGAGGAUGAAAUGUUGUUUUACAUAGAGAUGAACUGUAUAUGAAGACACGGUUGACUUGUGUAUGUGAUGAAGGUUGAUAUCAGUUUGUGAAAUCAUAAUAAAAUCUUACCCACAAACAAAAAAGACAGAAUAUAAAAUUAUGAUGUAUGAUGUAACAGAAACCAUAUUCAGAUGUAUGUAUCUCCUCACUUCUUAAUGUAAAGUCAGGUGUGUGGUGUACAGAGCUCUGUGGCGCCCUCCAGAGGCAGGAGUUGGAACAGGUCGUGUCCAGGGAGUGAAGGGAGCCUGUGUUUAUCAUGUGUGGAUAUCUUAUUAAUUACAUCUGUAAUGUUUGUGCAUCAAAGAAAAUAUAUUUGAAUACAUCUCAAUACAUUACAGCCAUUUGCCAAAUGAGUAUAAACAUAAACUCAUAAAAGAAACGAAUAAACUAAACCCAGAAUACAAAGUUCAAACUGGAUAUAUAUACAUGUAACAUAUGGGAGUGUCCUCACAUCAUACAUAUAAUUCAUGUGUAGGUACGGUGAGUGUCACUGUUCCUCUCUGAAAGUUCCUGUACCAUCACCCACACCUGGUUUCUCAACCAGACAAAGUUUAUUUCAAGACGUAGACAGUUUUUUUAUGAUGAGUUUACUGACUGGUCAUGUACAGUUCCUUUUCCUUAGGGCAAUUGUUUUUAUAAAAUCAUAAAGUAUUAUAAUGUUUCCAACAGCUCCCACAGGUCUGACUCUGCAGCUCUGCCUCUUUACACGUCUCCGUUUAAUAAUUAUAUCGACCUAGCUGUCCCACCUGAUCCUGCACUGUCUCACUGCUUUGUCUCCAACCAGCAGGAAGACAACAGCUGUGUGAGAGAUGCACGUGCAAAGAGGAGCUCCUGGCUGCCUGUGACCGACCGACCGACCACAGGAGGGCGACAGAAACUAAAGAACACAGACAUGGAUCCAGUCCAGGAGGAUGUUACACUGUAAAAUAAUAAUGUCAGUCAAGCGCUAAGCUUUUGACUUAUUGUCUGCAGACUGUAAAAGCAAGUGACUGUGUUCUGUUGUGAAAUAGAUAUAGAUCAGAUAGAACAGAUCAAAUGAAUCCAGCUUAAAUCUUCCAUCAGAUUGCAGAGAUUUUGUUUCCCAAGCGACAAUAUCAUCAUUAUUAUUAUUAUUAUUAUCAUUACUAUAUUUGUGUUGAAUUGGGUGUGAGGCUGCGGCUGUAACAUAAUUCUGUCAUGCCUGUUGUUCUGGCAUCAAACUUGCAGAUGUUCUUCUUAUGAAACUUUAUCCACUCCAUCUUUAUUGUGCAGGCCUGGUCUCUGACGCCUGGACGCGCAGGGGCUUUUCCUGGCAGAGAAGAAGAAGAUGGAGGCGAUAGCGUCAUGAUUUAAAAGAUUUACAGCCGCUGAUCAAAGUUAGGUCCCUCGGUGCACGCAGCCGACAUGCAGCAGCUUCCAGUGAUAAGAGGAAGACCUUGAGUCCGGAGCGAAGUCCGCGCCCUGAACUCUGCAGAGCUGCAUGGAAAUCAGGUUUUUAAAAAAAGGAAAAAGUACUCGUCCCUGCAGGUUCAUUGCACCUCAUUAUAAUCCUCCGCGUCCACAAGGCAGUGCGCUGCUCUACUAUGGAUGGGCGGAGCCUGCAGGGAGGGGGCCUGGCCGGAGCCUUUUAAUACAGAUGCGCUCCUCUGUGCGCCCUGCGUUCAGCGGCGAGCGGACGGCAGAGCAGACGGCACCAUGACUGCACCCAGCAACACCUACGAUGCGAUAGUGAUCGGCGGAGGAAUAUCAGGGUUAAGUGCAGCCAAGCUGUUGAAAGCCCAUGGACUGAACCCUGUGGUGCUGGAGGCCAGGGAUCGCGUCGGCGGUCGCACCUUCACUGUGCGGAAUAAGGAGACAAAGUGGGUUGAUCUGGGCGGGGCUUACAUCGGACCAACUCAGAACCGCAUCCUCCGAUUGGCCAAAGAGUACAACAUAAAGACGUACAAAGUGAACGAGCAGGAGAGCCUGGUGCAUUAUGUCAAGGGAAAGUCGUACGCGUUCAAAGGCUCCUUCCCCCCCAUGUGGAACCCCAUCGUCCUGCUGGACUUCAACAACCUGUGGAGGACGAUGGAUGAGAUGGGCAAGGAGAUUCCCAGAGAGGCGCCCUGGAGAGCUCCCCACGCCGAGGAGUGGGACAAGAUGAGCAUGCAGCAGCUCUUUGAAAAAAUCUGCUGGACCAGCGCCGUCCGUCGCUUCGCCACCCUGUUCGUCAACGUGAACGUGACCUCUGAACCCCACGAGGUGUCGGCGCUGUGGUUCCUCUGGUAUGUGAAGCAGUGCGGAGGAACCAUGAGGAUCUUCUCCACUUCUAACGGAGGACAGGAGAGGAAGUUCGUAGGCGGCUCCAGUCAGAUCAGCGAGUGCAUGGCCAAGGAGCUGGGCGACCGAGUGAAGCUGCAGUCUCCGGUCUACAGGAUCGACCAGAGCGGAGACGUGGUGGUGGUGGAGACGCUGGACAAACAGACUUACAUGGCCAAGUAUGUGAUCCUGGCCACGCCUCCUGGUCUGAAUCUGAAGAUGCACUUUAACCCCGAGCUCCCGCCACUCAGGAACCAGCUGAUCCACCGCGUCCCCAUGGGCUCCGUCAUCAAGUGCAUGGUUUACUACAAAGACAACUUCUGGAGGAGAAAGGGUUACUGCGGCAGCAUGGUGAUCGAGGAGGAGGGCGCUCCCAUUGGUCUGACGCUGGAUGACACAAAGCCUGAUGGGACGGUGCCUGCUAUCAUGGGGUUCAUCCUCGCCCGCAAGUGCAGAAAACUAUCAGGGCUGACCAAAGAGGAGAGACUGAAGAAGAUCUGUGAGAUCUACUCCAGGGUGCUGGGCUCAGAGGAGGCGCUGCACCCGGUGCACUAUGAGGAGAAGAACUGGUGUGAGGAGGAGUACUCUGGGGGCUGCUACACAGCCUACUUCCCCCCAGGAAUCCUUACCCAGUACGGCAGGGUGCUGAGGGAGCCCGUCGGCAGGUUGUACUUCGCGGGAACAGAGACCGCCACGGAGUGGAGCGGCUACAUGGAGGGGGCGGUGCAGGCCGGAGAGAGGGCGGCCAGAGAGGUCAUGUGUUCGAUGGGUAAAAUCCACCAGAGUCAGAUCUGGCAGACGGAGCCUGAGAGCGUGGAGGUUCCUGCCCUCCCCUUCGUCACCACCUUCUGGGAGAGGAACCUGCCUUCGGUCGGCGGUCUCCUCAAGUUCAUGGGAGUCUCCACCUUCCUGUCCGUCGCCACGGCAGCCGGCCUGAUGGCCUACAAGAAGGGCCUCCUCCCCCGCAGUUAAACCCCCCCCCCCCCCUCCCUCACCUGUCAUCUCACUCCUCUGCAUCUCAACAGACGCUGUACUUGUAGUGCACUACUUUACGCUCCAAAUGACAAAGUCGUGCACCACGCAGCGAACAGGAGGUUGUUGUGAGAAGCAAGAAAAGACUGUUGAGCUGAAAACACUGACGCACCGUCGCCGCAGAGAGGGAGACAAACCACCGAGACCAGGAGUGAGGAAGACUUCGCUUCAUCUUUAAUCUUCUUCAGAUUCAAACCAGAUUCAAACCAAUGAAGGAAAAAGAUCAGAACCGAUUCAAAAGAAAGAAAGAAUAUAUAAAUAUAUAAAAUAUGUCACUAUUAAUAUUAAUAUUCCACGCAUUGCCAAUGACAUUCAGAUCCUUGAUUACAUGAGAGUUUAAUAACUCAUCAUGCUUUCUGUGUGUGUGUGUGUGUGCGUGUGUGUGUGUGUGUGUGUGUGUGUGAGCUUUGUUUGUAUGCAUGCGUUCGUGAGUGUGUGUUGUGUACAAAGUGUGUGUGUGUGUGUGUGUGUGUGUGCGCGCGUAUCCACUGUGUCUAAUUACCUCUGCUGAUUUUAGGUGCUGAUUUAUUCUGGCCGAGCAGCUGCGGCUGUUUGAUGAGAUCCAGUUCACGUCAGAACAGAACAGGAGUUGUACAGACUCUGAGAGGAGGCUCAGGGAUGAAGCUGCUCGUGUUCUGUGUUUCUCUCGCCGUCGACUAAUCCCAUGGAAACACAACAAUGAAUUGAUCCUGUUAUCGAGUAUUGUCCGAUCGCCUGAUUUAGCUUCUUCCUCUGACCCAGUGUCGUCGGAAAACUGCUAAAAACACACGAGUGCGUCACUCCGUCGCUCGGAGUGACGUUUCUCUUUUCUUUUUUCUCUCACUACGAUGAACGUGGGCUCUGAUGUUUACUCUGCGUCAGCGCCACGCACGCCGUCCUGCUGCUAUAAAUACUCACUACUACACCAAACCUGUGUCACUCCGCUGCCUGAAGAGUUGUUUUAAAGUGUGUUUUAUUCCUGAAGCUUCACACUCCGAGUCACACUCACUCUGGAUAGUUUCAUUUAUAUAAAUUUACAUAUAUUUCCAAGAAUCACAAAUCUGCCUCAGAGGCCUUUAUGAGUCGUACAACACGAGUCGACGCUGAUUUUUAAAUUAAUCUUACAAAACUGUUCUAGUGUCAGAUAUUACUCACAAGGUCGCGGCUAAAAAUACAAAAGCAGAUUAACAUCUGCUCAACACGGCGCCGCCUGACUCUUUCAGGAAAUGACCUUUAUACUGAUGAACUGACAGGUUAGGAGAGUGUUCAGAGACGAGUUCAUUGUCAGUUUUCAUGGGAUGUUUUGACAUUAGAAUAAAAAAGAAGAAGAAUAAAAAGCAUAAGAAGAAUAACGCCAGCUUUAUCCUUCAGAUUAAAAGCUGUACUUGGUGAUGUAGCGCUGAGCGGCUCCGUGUGCUCGUCUAUGGCUCAAUGUAAUGGAAGCAUUCGAAUGUAUUUUCUUCAGAAUAGAUAACAAACCAGUUGUUGCUGUUAUAUGAUCAUCUCAUUUUAAAUUUUUUUCUCAUUCAUUAUUUUAGUUCAGUGGUUGUCAAACGUUGGAUGAAUUGGACUGAUGUGGGGAAUUAAACAAGAGUUUGCUGAUGCUGUUUGAGGAGAACCGCUGAUUUAAUGACUGCAGUUCCUCCAACAGGAGAAGCUGUGUCCCACGUUCAGGGCGCACAUCGUACACCGCGAAGGCCUGACCGAAAUGAGCUGGUCUGGCCUGUUCCCGCCCUUUCCGCUGCGUCGCAAAGUGUGGCUCCUGUUGAGGUUGAGGUUUUAAGUCUGUUGGUUUUAACAGUUGUAGCGUUAGCUGUUAGCUGUUAGCCGCCUCUGAACUGGGACACAGCCUGCGUGUUGGAUUUUAUCGACUUACAUUAUCGCACCUGAUAGAAGCUUUUAUUGUUUUAUUCACUGAUGGAGAAUCUAAUGAGUUUAAAUCAGAGAAGAUGUAGCUCAUGUUCAUAAGAAAACUUCUGAUUCCUCUUAAACUAAACGUGAGAAUGCAGAUGAAGGAUUAUUCUCAGAGAGACGAACAGCUGAACAUCCGCUAACCGUUCAACAGCGCUCGCCCCGUGCCGAACCAGAUGUAGGACGUCUGGAUGUGGCAGGAUGGAGAUCUGGUUUUUUUUGGAGGGUGGAUGUGAAGAAAAAACCAAUCGACACACAGGACUGACUCCAACAGAGAGCUGGUGUUUGUGCUUCUGUUUCGCAGGACGCUGCGCUGUGUGUGCAGCUGUGUGUGCUCACUGAGAGAAUCCUGCUGUUCUUGUCCCAAAGACUGGUGUGUGUGUGUGUGUGUGUGUGUGUGUGUGUGUGUGUGUGUGUGUGUGUGUGUGUGUGUGUGUAGUUAUCUGUUGUGCCUUAAUGGAACUCGUAGUGUUUUUGUCAUUUCUCUCAAGUGCCUGUGUGACUCUGACACUCUCUCCCCUCCCCCCCCCCCCCCUCCCAUCUGCACUGGAGGUGAGAGGUCAGAUGGACCAGGUCACUGGUUUGAUCAGUCACCAAUAACCAUCAAUACGCAGGGACUGGCAAACACCUAGCCCCUGUUAGCAUGUCCACAACCUCUUAUUUUAACCCCCCCCCCUGUGUUACCUGAGUGACACCCUCAGUAUAAAGUCGACUCAGGUGAAGCCAGGUGUGUAAACAAUGUCACCUUUGAAUACCAGAGCUCAGACUGUUGGGUUUAUCAAACCGCUUAUCUCCAGUAAAGCCAAGUGUGUGUGUGUGUGUGUGUGUGUGUGUGUGUGUGUGUGUGUGUGUGUGUGUUGUGCUUCACGUCUCCGCUUGUUGUGACGUCGUCAUGUCUCUGUAGCUGCUUAACUUCACCUUGUUAGUGCCAACUUUCCUCCCCCUGCCCUUCAUCCCCGCUCCUGCGCUGGUUUAACCCCCCCCACCACCACCCCCCCACCCCCCACCCCCCCACCCCCCCACCACCACCACCACCAGGCCGACUCUAGAAGUGAGGAUCUGACGAUGAUGUUUUUAACUCACAUUUUAACCCACACCUGAUAAUGUUACCUGACGUCAGUGAACAGAAAACAUAAAAACCAGCACACUGUUUCCGUACUAGCACCAGAACCAUCAGCAGACAUGAUGUGUGGUUUACUCCAUGUCUCACCCUUCUUCAUCGUUCUCUGGAGACUGUCCCUCCGCCCCUCUUGUCCUUCUGUGCACAUGAGCCUCCGUCAUGCUUCCUGUGACCCGUCUUUGAUGUCUUUGAUUCCUCAAACUAAGCUGGUGAUAAUUAACAGAAAACUAAAAUGUGAAAUAAAUCUUUUACUCGUAUGAAACCGU